AUGAGAAGACGACCAUCCAAUAACAGCUGGGCUCAGCACGAGCGGCCGAAGCGUGACAGGAGGAAAUCGUCCUUUGAAAAUCAACUGAAACAAAAUGAGCCCGUACCGUCGCAUGCUUCUGCUUCUGCUUCUACUCCUCCUCCACUUGCUGAAGAGGCAGAGGCAGAGGCCGAGAAAGCCAUCGAGCUAGAUGAUUCAUUGCCUGCCAAAACCGAGUUUCUUACCAAGCACACAAGCUCCUUGUCCCCGGGCAACUCGAGAAUCAAAGUAUGGCCCUAUGUCGUGAACAUCAACAAAAUAGCCCCCGGCGCGACUCAGGCUGAGCUCGAUCAGCUCCUACUACAGCAUAUCCCCUACGAUUCCUACAAAAUCGCCAAAUAUACAAAGAAAGACCCUGCUGCUCUGGCCAUCGUUCGGGUGGAAAGCAUUGCCAUCUAUAACGACAUUAUAAAAGCAUUGGACGGCGUGGAAUGGAAAGGUUCCAAGUUGGAAAUUUCAGUAGACACAAAGGCCACUGAAAAGGGGCCCCUCAAGGCAGCAAACUCGGGGACGCGUUCAACACUCGAGUUUAAUGGUGCUUUCUUGCCGUCUUCCUUCCGACAUCCAUUAUCUAGAAACCCAUCGUCGUUUAGACAGGGAACUGACUCGCGGUCGGGAACCAUGAGCUCGCGAGGAGGCAGUUAUCCCGACUCGGUUUUCUCCAACCGAUCGAGUUUCCGAAGCUCAAACUCCUCGCUAGCCUCGUCUCAUGAACAGAGUGCCGCGAAACAACAACUACAACACCACCAACAGCAGCAACAGCCUGUUCCGCCGUUUAUAAUGAAUAUGGUGCGAAGUCGAGAAAGCUCAAUGAGUAUUACCGAGGACAAGGGGGGAGAGGAGGCCGCAUCGAGUCAAAGUCAAAAAGAGGUUAUUGAAAGCAAAAACCUACACCCACCGCUUUCGUCUUCUACUUCUUCUACCACUUCUACUGCGACAUUGGACCUGUCAGGAGAUUUGAUAGAAGUGCCCGCUGGUGAAGGGGAGAAUCCCGAUCAGCUAGUGAAAGUAAGCCCCACUAGACUUUUCGUGGGGAAUGUACCUUACACUUCCAAUUGGGCAAACUUGAAAAAAUUUCUUAUCGAGAGAGCCGAAGAGAUUGAGCCAAACAAUGACAUUGCCAUCAUGCGUGUCGAGAUACCGAUACAGCAAGUCACAGUUAACGACAGCUUUCUCAUGUACCGAGGGUUGGGUAAGCAGCAAGUUGUUUCCAAAAGUAGAGGAUUUGCCAUAGUUACCACCAAGGACAAGCACUCUUCGGAUAAGCUCAUUGAAAUGUUUGACAAUGUUGAGUUUGAAGGACGAUCACUUACAGUACGAUAUGACAAGUUCCCUCAGUAUAGCAAUUAUACUAUCCAACAGAUAAAGCCCAAUUUGCCGUCAAUGGCACCUACACCGGAUUUCGUCACUGCCCAGGGACAAUUUACCCAGCAACAGUUUCCUUCAAUGAUUCAGCACCACCAGCCACAGCAACCACAACUGCAACGUCAGCAUCAACACCAGCAACAUCAGCAACAACACCAGCUUCAUCAACACCAACACCAACAAUACCCACCCAUAUACAAUAUGAUGAGUCCAGCUACAAGCUAUCCGUCAGCUCCAUCAAACUCCUCAUUAUUGAGCAAUUUAGCACUUGAGCGAAAUUCAUUACAGCAUAAAAUCUACUAUGGCACCGGCGGCGGUGGUGGUGGAGGAGGAGGCGGAAAUGCAAAUGGUGGGAGCGGCGGUGGUGCUACACAUGGAACGAGCACUCCUCAUUACUUACCUGUACCACCACCACCCCCACAUACACUACAGCCAACGUCCUCGCAGCAUUCACAACCACCACCUCCUCCUCCGCAUUUAGCACUACCGACAAACCCAUCCGGCCCCACCAUGUCUAGCACGUCACCAAGCUACUACUACAUGCCCUACUACUUCCAACCCACGGGCCCACCUGCAUUCACGCUGUAUCAGCAACAAGGCCAAGCAGCUUAUGGACAUUUACCGCUACAGCAAGGACAAAUGCCCGCACAGGGACAUGCACACGCACAGGCUGCUGCACCUUACGAACCGUAUAUACCGCAAGUAAGCAAACAUCAACAUCAACACCAACAGCAACACCAGCAUGAAUACCAACAGCAACACCAACUGGAACACCAGCAUGAAUACCAACUGGAACACCAACCGGAACACCAACUGGAACACCAACUGGAAGACCAACUGGAACACCAACCGGAACACCAACCGGAACACCAACCGGAACACCAACCGGAACACCAACUGGAACAUGGGCUGCCGCAACAUAAAACAAAAGUAGAGCCGCUGGCACCCGGAACCGGGAACGUCAGCGAAGACGAGCGGGCAAGAGAAUUGUUUCACGAUUUGUCGCUAGAAUCAAAAGAACCAGUAAACGAAUAG